CCUGUGGUCCUGCUGCUGAGCGUUUGGUGCAGGCUGCACAGCGCCCCUGGCGGCAAGCUGGGGGAACGACAGUGCGGGCGUCCAGCAUGUAGCGCUCAUACCUUCAGCAACUUCUCAUGUAAACGCCGAGCAGACACGGCUCCUACACAAUCACGGGGCUCUUUGGAGGAUGCACUUUUCCCCCGAAAAAAAUGCCGCUCUUCAAAAAAAAGCGGCGUCCUCCACUCUCCGGUAUCAGCAAGAAGCGCAGUGAGGAGAUGUCAGGUCCUGCGUUGCUGCUUAUUUGCCGUCGGGGCGACAAUGUCUAGAAGCUGCCAAGGAACGGAGGUCUAUUAACUGCCUAUAAAACUGCAGUUAUAGCUGCUGGCUGCGGGAUGUGCACGGUUAGGGUGGAAAGGGGGUGAAGAGGAAUAAGCGGCCGGCCGCGGGAUGCGCUGAACGCGGGGCAGAGACCAACCCUGCGCCGUCAUCUCUGUACUUUACAACAUUAAGCAGAAGCAAACGCCAUAUAAAAGCAUGCAGCUGAAGGAUGAGAGGUGUCCGGAGAGGAGUAGCGGGGACAGUCAGCGGGAUGACGACCAUAAGAAAUCAUCUUGCUUCUCAAAUAUAAAGAUAUUUCUGGUGUCGGAAUGUGCGCUGAUGCUGGCGCAGGGCACGGUUGGGGCAUACCUGCUGAGCGUCUUGACCACUCUGGAGCGGCGGUUUAACCUGCAGAGCGCCGACGUGGGCGUCAUCGCCAGCAGCUUCGAGAUCGGCAACCUGCUGCUCAUCCUAUUCGUCAGUUACUUCGGGGCCCGGGCCCACCGGCCGCGGCUGAUUGGCUGUGGCGGCAUGGUCAUGGCCCUGGGCGCCCUGCUGUCGGCCCUGCCCGAGUUCCUCAGCCACCAGUACCAGUACGAGGCGGGUGAGUCUUGGAGGACGGAGGAGGGCCGGGACCUUUGUUCCAAUGCCUCGUCCCCCUGGACGGAAGGCUGGGACUCUGGCUAUGCGUGUGGGAACAGAGCCAACACCAACAUGAUGUACCUGCUACUGAUCGGGGCCCAGGUGCUGCUGGGAAUCGGGGCCACCCCAGUACAGCCACUGGGCGUGUCCUACAUCGACGACCAUGUACGCAGGAAGGACUCGUCCCUCUACUUAGGCAUCUUGUUCUCAACACUUGUCUUCGGCCCAGCUUGUGGUUUCAUCCUGGGGUCCCUCUGCACCAAGAUCUACGUGGAUGCAGUCUUCAUCGGCAGCAGCAGGCUGGACAUCACCCCCGAUGACCCCCGCUGGAUCGGGGCCUGGUGGGGAGGCUUCAUCCUGUGUGGGGUGCUGCUCUUCUCCUCCGCGCUGCCCAUGUUCGGCUUCCCGCCGUCCCUGGUCGAGCACGAGGAAGUCGGCAGGUGCGACAGCGAGCGCGCCAUGCUCCCGAGAGAGCCGUCCCAGGACUGCGAGGGAACCGGGCCCAGCAACGGUGUCCUGGGCCACCUGGAGGAUAGAGACGGCCCGUCCUGCUGCGAACAGCUCAGAGUGAUUCCCAUGGUGACCAGACACCUCCUAUCCAACCCUGUCUUCACCUGCAUCAUCCUGGCCGCCUGCAUGGAGAUCGCCGUGGUCGCUGGCUUCGCUGCCUUCCUGGGGAAGUACCUGGAGCAGCAGUUCAACCUCACCACCUCAUCAGCCAAUCAGCUUCUUGGCAUGACCGCCAUCCCCUGUGCCUGCCUGGGUAUUUUCCUGGGGGGUCUGCUGGUGAAGAAGCUGAACCUCUCUGCCCUGGGGGCAGUGCGCAUGGCCAUGAUGGUGAACCUAGCAUCCACAGCGUGCUACGUCUCCUUCCUCUUCCUCGGCUGCGGCACGGGGCCCGUGGCCGGGGUGACUGUGGCUUACAACAACGAGAGCCUGCAGGCCGGCCGGAGACCGGAGGCGGCCUGCGUGGACAGCUGCGGAUGUCACACGUCGUCUCUGAGCCCCGUGUGCGGCUCAGAUGGGGUCACCUACCUGUCCGCCUGCUUCGCAGGCUGCACCCGAGCUAACCUGACGGGCUGUACUUGCAUCGCCGGUCGCCGUGACGGCGGCACAGCCAGCCCAGGGAAGUGCCCCAGUCCCAGCUGCCAAGAGGCCUUCCUCAUUUUCCUCUGCGUCAUCUGUGCCUGCAGCAUGAUUGGCGCCAUGGCCCAAACGCCUUCCGUCAUCAUCCUCAUCCGGACGGUGAAUCCGGAGCUAAAAUCAUACGCUCUUGGCGUGCUCUUCCUCCUCCUCAGGCUUCUUGGGUUCAUCCCGCCUCCACUCAUCUUCGGCGCAGGGAUCGACUCGACGUGCCUGUUCUGGAGCACCGUGUGCGGCGAGAAGGGGGCCUGCAUGCUGUACGAUAAUGCGGUCUACAGGCAGCUGUACGUCAGCACCGCCAUCGUCCUCAAGAGCAUGGCCUUCCUGCUCUACUGCACCACCUGGUGGUGCCUGCGCAGGAACUACAAGAAGUACAUCAAGAACCACGAGGGCUACCUCACCCCCACUGAGCUCUUCGCUUCCAACCUCACCCUGGACAAUCUGGGCAGAGAUAUCGGCCAAAACGCAGCCAGCAGGACCAAGUUCAUAUACAAUCUGCAGGACCACGAGUGGUGUGAGAACAUGGAGUCUGUUUUAUGAGGCGAAAGCGGAGCAGGGAGGCGGCCCACUCUGCAUUCAGCCAUUCGAGAAGAUGAUCAUCAACUUUCUUUUUCCAAAGGAAGAACUUUUUAAUAAAGAAGAUGAAUGUAAUUUCACUUCCAGAAGAUGAAAGAUGUUCUGCUUAAUGCUUCAAGUCCAGCCUAUUAAGAGUUAAACGGCCUGUCGAUAUGGUUUGUUUGUAACUGAGCAUCUCUUGGGUUAGUGGGCCACUAACCCAGGCACCUCCCAGCAAGGCUAGUAUCCACGGUUACCAGUGGGUUUACAUUUUUAUUUACUUUCUUACUGAUCACGUUUUUCUUUUUUCUGCUUUUUAAAUAUACAUUAUAGAGUAUUUGUUUUGAUGCAGAUUUAUGUACAUUUUUAAU